CGUUCACUCACUUUUCGACUCUUGGCACGGCCGACCGUUCUGCUCAGACUUGCUUCAGCAUGGCCGACGCAGGCCCUUCUAACACCACAAACGCGGCCCAGGAGUCGUCUCUCCCGCCGCAGCUGGAGAGUCUCUCGAAGCUCAUUGCGGAGCAGCCAGAGGCACUCGCUACCGGCGCGGACGACCUUCGGAGAACAGCUUUGGAAGCUGCCAAAUACAUCUUCGACCUCGCUCUGCAGACCGAGGAGCGUUCGCGCAUAAUUGUCAAUGACCUCCUCACCUCCAUUGCCCCGGAGAACGCCCCGGAGACGCGCUCGCAGAAACGGAAGCGCGGGAAGACCCCUUCCCCACAGCCCGAGACUGUCAUUAACCUCAUGAAGGAGACACCGAUCGGCGAGCUCUUUGUGGACGGCAUGAGCGACGAGCAGGUCUGGGCGCAGCUCGAGCUGCGCGCGCAGAACAUGUGCGAAGUGCUGGACUACGCGCUGGACGGGCCGGCGGAGGGGGCGGAGAGCGACAGCGAGGACGACGAGCGGAAGCUGAAGAAGAUGCGCCAGGCCCUCAUUGACGAGGGCUUUGACCCAGCAGAGCUGGAGGAUUUGGGGCUUGACGAGGGGGAUUCAGAAGACGAGGAGGACAGCGAGGAUGACGAUGAAGAUGAGGAUGAUGACGAAGAGGAGGAUGAAGAGAGCGAAGAGGAUGACGGUGAGGACGCGGACUUGGGUGAGGGUGUGGAGGAGCUACGGGACCCGUCCGACGAAGACGACGAUGACGACCCGGAGAUCGGCGAGCCUUCGUUCCUCAAUGGCGGAAAGCGGACAGUAAAGGUCAAGCCAAGACGGGGCGGACAUCCUGUGCUCGACGAUGGUUUCUUUGACCUAGCGGCGUUCAAUGCGGAAGUCGAAGCCGCAGAGUCGAAGAAGGUCUCAAGAGGCAGGCUGAGCAAGGAUGAUGAUGACGACGAAGACGAAGAUGAGGAGGACGAGGACAUCGACUACUUUGCCUCUGUGGACGAUAGUGCCGCAUUCGACGAAGAGGAUUUGGAGGACGCAGGAGGCGAACUUCGCUACCGGGACUUCUUCGAACCUCCAAGUCGAGUAAAGCCCCCGAAGCCGGCAAAGGCGAGUAAACCUAUCGAGCGACCAACCCCGUCUAAGGGCAAGGUACGCUUCCACGAAGAGGUUCGCGUGAAGACGAUCAAGGCCAAGGGCAAGAACCUCCCUGUCGCAUCCAUGUUCUACGAGGACGACGACGAGGAGGAGGAAGAGGAGGAAGAAGACGAGGAGGGUGAAGGGCUCAGUUUCGAUAUCGAGGAGGAUAUGGAAGACGAAGACGCUAUGCUGGGCUCGGGCUCGGAGGAGUUUGAAGAUGGCGACGAAGACGAGUCAAUGGAGGGCGACGAAAGUGAUGCUGGAUACGAGACGAUGGAGCGUCUCAAGGACGACCUCUUUGCGGACGACGAGGAUGACAUGCCGCAAGAAGGUCUGUCGACAUACGAAAAGCGGAUGGCAGCCUUGCGCGACGAGAUUGCGACUCUUGAGUCCGAGAACGUCGGGAAGAAAGACUGGACGCUGAUGGGUGAGGCGUCAUCACGGACACGACCUCAGAACUCGCUCCUCGAGGAGGACCUGGAGUUCGAGCGCCUCAUGAAGUCUGUCCCUAUCAUCACGGAGGACGUGGUCCAUAGUCUGGAGGAGCGUAUUAAGGCGCGUAUUCUCGACAACCAGUUCAACGACGUUGUGCGGAAACGACCAGUGGACGACAAGCCGUUCUUGCCAUCACGGUUCUUCGAGCUUCAAGACACCAAGUCCAAGCAGUCUCUCGCGGAGAUCUAUGAGGACGAGUACACCACCGCGCAGGCGGGCGGUGUCGCUGGUGAGGACCGCGAUGGAAAGCUCAAGAAGGAGCACCAGGAGAUCGAGAAGCUCUGGGAGGGCAUUUGCGGCAAGCUCGAUGCGCUAUGCAACGCACAUUUCACGCCCAAGGCUCCCAAAGCGACGAUCACCUCGGUUUCCAAUGUCGCAGCCGCAAGCCUCGAGUCUGCGCUUCCGACAACCAAGGCGACUUCGACUAUGCUCGCUCCGGAGGAAGUCUUCGCGCCUUCGGCAAGCGAUCUCCGCGCGCGCAGCGAGCUCACGCCUGCGGAGAAGCGGGCGCUUCGCAACAAGCACAAGAAGGCGAAGAAGAAAGUGCACGACGCGAUCCAAAAGACCUCGGAGAAGAUGGGGCGGCCAAGGGGCGUCGGAGACGUCAAGCGACAAAAGGACGCCGCGCUCAAGACCCUCGUCAAGAGUGGCAAGGGCGUCACCGUCGUCGGGAAGAAGAGCAAGGAGGUGGAGGGCAAGCGCGGAACGGGCAAGAGCUGAUCUGUUCCGCGGUUGCAUGUUGUACGACGCCAUUUAUUUUACCUCAUCUCUACUCGCAUAUUCGUCGCAAUGUACGAGUCCAU